AUGCCAGCCAGAUCUCAAGAUGACUCGGAACAAGAAGUGCGAUCGUGGGGCUUCCCUCACGUCUUCACCUGGACCGAUGGCCCGAACUCCCACUACAGCCCUCACUCUCACCGCGGGCUGACCACGCAUCUGAUUCUCAAGGGCGAGCUUACCAUCACGUACCCGAAAGAUAGUGAGCCUGAGAGGAAGACGUUUGGGGUGGGCGAGAGGAUUGAUGUCGAGGCGGGUAGGGUGCACGAGGUGUGGAUUGGGAAGGAAGGGUGUACCGAAAAGUCAACACGCUCGAAGCGAAAGUCAACUACUGCCAGUGCGAACCUCGUGCGGGCAUAG